CUCUCUUUCUCUGUGCUGCUCAGUGCUCUGUGGGCAGCUGCUUUUUUCCACAGGGACUCUCCGUCCUCCACAGAAGUGAGAAAUAAAACGGACAAAGUCUCUGCAGUGGUUUGUGUCCGGCGCUCAGACGUAGAGGAUGUCCAACGUCCAGCUGCAGAUGGACUCCAGGCAGACUGGACAUUCCAAACAAAAGUCUGGAGGUUCUGGCAAACGGACCGGCGCCACCGUCAGCUUCCACAACAUACAUUACAAAGUGACACAGGGAGGAGGCUGUUUAUGCCUGAGGAAGAAGACGACCAAAGACAUUCUCAUCGACCUCAAUGGGAUCAUGAAGCCUGGGCUCAACGCCAUCAUGGGGGCGACAGGAAGCGGCAAGUCAUCGUUCCUGGACAUCCUGGCAGCCAGGAAGGAUCCGCGAGGUCUCUCCGGAGAAGUCCUGAUCGACGGCGCUCCUCAGCCGCCGAACUUCAAGUGUCUUUCGGGAUACGUGGUGCAGGAUGACGUGGUGAUGGGAACUCUGACGGUCAGAGAAAACUUCAGCUUCUCGGCGGCGCUGCGUCUCCCGUCGAGCAUCUCUCCACAAGAGAGAGGUCAAAAAGUGAACAAACUGAUCGAGGAGCUGGGACUGACCCGGGUGGCCGACUCCAGGGUCGGAACUCAGCUGAUUCGCGGGAUCUCCGGUGGCGAGCGUAAGAGGACAAACAUCGGCAUGGAGCUGAUCAUCGACCCGUCCGUCCUCUUCCUGGACGAACCGACCACGGGCCUCGACGCCAGCACGGCAAACUCUGUGCUGCUGCUGCUCAAGAGGAUGGCGACUCACGGACGCACCAUCAUCCUGUCCAUCCACCAGCCUCGCUACGGCAUCUUCCGUCUGUUCGACAGCCUCACGCUGCUCGUCACCGGCAAACAGGUUUUCCAUGGACCGGCUCAGAACGCGCUGCAGUACUUCGAGGACAUCGGAUUCAGCUGUGAGCCUCACAACAACCCCGCUGACUUCUUCCUCGACGUCAUCAACGGAGACUCGACCGCCAUCCUCACCAGCGACUUGGACAGAGAUCCAGACUCGGUGUCCAAGUCCAAAAAAGGGAUAGAGGACAAACUGGUGGAGGAGUACAGGAGCUGUCAGUACUACAAGGAGACCAGAGCAGAGCUGGAGAGGAUAAUUGAGGGGAAGAAGACAAGCGCCAACCCUAGCUCCAGGACCAUCACGUACACCACGGGCUUCCUGACCCAGUUCAAGUGGGUUAUGAAGAGAACCUUCAAGAACAUGGCGCUAAACCCUCAGACGUCCAUCGCUCAGGUCUGCGUGACAAUUUUCCUCGCUCUGAUCGUUGGAGCCAUUUUCUUUGGCGUUGAAGACACUCAGAGUGGAAUGCAGAACAGGUUGGGCGCACUCUUCUUCAUCACGGUCAACCAGUGUUUUAGUACGGUGUCUGCAGCGGAGCUCUUCAUCACUGAGAGGAAGCUCUUCAUUCACGAGUACAUCAGCGGUUACUACAGACUGUCCGUCUACUUCCUGUCCAAGAUCCUGUCGGACAUCAUCACGCUGCGAACCAUACCUGCAAUCGUCUUCAGCUGCGUGUCGUACUACAUGAUUGGUCUGAAGCCCACGGUCGAGGCCUUCUUCCUCUUCAUGUUCACCGUCAUGCUCAUCGCCUACACCGCCACCUCCAUGGUUUUCGCCAUCUCGUCCGACCAGACGGUGGUGGCCAUCGCCAACAUCUUCUUGACCAUCAGCUUUGUCUUCAUGAUGAUCUUUGCAGGUCUGUUGGUGAACCUUCCCUCCAUCGUCAGCUGGCUCGCCUGGUUAAAGUACUUAAGUAUCCCACGAUAUGGCCUAAGUGCUCUGCAGGUGAACGAGUUCACUGGUCUGACCUUCUGUCACGGGUUAAACAUCAGCGUUGUUCCACCUGGACUGGCUUGCACGGGGGAGGAGUUUAUGACAGCACAGGGCGUGGACUACUCUACGUGGGGUUUCUGGCAGAACCACAUGGCUCUGGGCAUCAUGACAAUCUGCUUCCUGUCCAUCACCUACAUCAAACUGCGCUUCAUCAGAAAGUUCUCCUAGACCUUCGCCUUCCAUCACCAUCACCAUGGCAACACUGUUCGACUCUGAUUUACGUGAUAAAAUAAGAACAAGGAAUCUGUGAUGACAUUGAUCAUUUAUUUGUAAAAUAUUUUUCUUGUUUGUAGAUAACAUACUCAUACAUAAGUUAUUCACCAACACGUGGCACCGUGUUAUGCUAAUUUUUGCACUUUAGAGAUCAUUUUUUACAAUAAAACUUUUGGUUUAA